GCGACGCUUGUAGAGGGAUCCUUCGUCUGAGGAAGAGCAAAGUCAUGUAACGUUGCUUCGCUGAGUUUGGGUAAAAACUGAUCUCUAACUGGUCAAUAACUGUUAAAGGAACAUUUGAAAGGAACAUUUGAAGAGAAGAUAACAACAGAGAUGUGGAGAUAGCAGCUCAAACGGUGGCAGAGUGCAGCAGUGGAAGAUUUCUGAGACGGUUACAGAAGAGGACAAAGAAUAUGAGCUGCAGCACAACAUGAUGGAGGCUGAUUUCAACCCCAGAGUUCUGCUGCACAGAUUAGAUGUUAAGCAGAAGCUGAUUGUUAAAGAAGCUCCUGAGGACCACAGACCUUGUGCUGACCUGCAUGACCAAAAGCCCCCGCACAUUAAGGAGGAACAGGAGGAAGUCUGCACCAGUCUGGGGGGAGAGCAGGUCAAUGAGAAGGAAGAGAUUGAUGCCUUCAGGUUUCCAGUCACUGCUACUACCAUAAAGAAUGAAGAUGAUAAGCAGUCCUGUCUUCUCUCACAACUUUAUCUACACCAAGUUAAAGGUAUAGAGCUUCCAGAAGAAAACAAUGGAGAAGAAUCCAUCAGGAUACAAGAUCAUGGAGGUUGUUGCAUUUUCUCAGUGACUGAAGGCACACAGGAGGACAAUUAUGUAAAGCACCAUGCGUCUGAGCCCAAAACAUUUUCAGACUCUGGACUGAAAACUAAAGAUAUGGACAAUGACUGGAAGGAGAGCAGAGCUCUUGAGUCAGAUGAAAACAUUAACAAGCCUUUUAGCUGCUCUGAGUUUGCUGAACAAAUUGAUCUCAGUUUUUCAAUUGAAAAACACAUGACCCAUUCAGAAAUGCCAUCUUCAAGCUCUAUGGAUAAUUUUGUUACAGAGGAGAAAAAUGUGGGCCCACGAAAAAAAGUAAAGAAAGGAGUGAAGUUUAACUGUGAGGAAUGUGGUAAAGCAUUUACUCUGAAACAAACUUUAAAGAGACACCAGAGAAUCCACACAGGAGAGAAACCUUUCUGCUGUGAUAUUUGUGGACAAAAAUUUACCCAAAAAGUAAAUUUAAACUUGCAUAUGAGAAUCCACACAGGAGAGAAACCUUUCUGUUGUGACAUUUGUGGACAAAGAUCUACCCAUAAAGCAAAUUUGAACAGACACAUGAGAAUCCACUCUGAGGAGAAACCUUUCUGUUGUGAUCUUUGUGGACAAAGAUUUAGCGAGAAAUGGUCUUUAAACACACACAAGAGGAUCCACACAGGAGAUAAACCUUUCUGUUGUGAUCUUUGUGGACAAAGAUUUCCCCAAAAAGCUAAUUUAAACUCACACAUGAGAAUUCACACUGGACAGAAACCUUUCUGUUGUGAUCUGUGUGGACAUAGGUUUACUCAAAAAGUUCAUUUAAAUUCACACAUGAGAAGCCACACAGGACAGAAACCUUUCUGUUGUGAUGUUUGUGGACAAAGUUUUAGUGAUAAAAGGUCUUUAAACAGACACAAGAUAAUCCACACAGGAGAGAAACCUUUUUGUUGUUACCUAUGUGGGAAAAGAUUUACCCAAAAAACUAGUUUAAUCACACACAAGAGAAUCCACACAGGACAGAAACCUUUCUGUUGUGAUCUAUGUGGUCAAAGAUUUAGUGAAAAAGGAAAUUUAAACAAACACAUAAGAGUCCACACAGGACAGAAACCUUUCUGUUGUGAAUUUUGUGGACAAAGAUUUAGCCGAACUGAUUCUUUAAACAGACAUAUGAAAAUCCACAUAGGAGCGAUGCCAUUGUUGUGAUCUCUGUGGACAAAGAUUUACCCAAAAAAACAAAUUGAGAAUCAAUACUAGAGGGAGAAUUGUUUAGCUAGAAAUACUCACUCACCUGCACAUUUGCAGUUUGCUGUGUAAUAGUUGUACUUUGUCAUUAAAGGCAACAGUCCUCCCUCGUGGGUUUCAGCAUUUCUCUAGUGGUUAAUUUUCUGUUUUUUGUUGCUUACAUUACAGAUUUGUUUAUUUGUAUACCUGGUAUUUUCCUUGCUAGACAUGUUUUAUUCAAAAUAUUUAAUCUCUCAACUCCCAGUCAGUUUCAGCAGAUGUUCGCACAGACCUGGCUUUUGCUGGAAGGUUUCCUCAUGUUUGAACAGAUUAUCUUGAAUUUUGCUUAAUCGUGUUUUAACUAGGUUUGAAUUAUUUUUCGUGUCAUUGAAUAAAGUCUGUGAUCAGAUGUAUUGAUUUUAUUACAUAUUUCUGUGUAUAAACUCGAUCUGUUUGUCCUAUAAAUUGCAUUCAGGUGACAUUUGUUGCUAACUGGUGCAAUAUAAAAAAACAAGUAAACUUCAA